AUGAAUUUGCCGUUGCUUUUGCUGAUGCCCGCCGUGUACAUAAUGAAAGAAUAUUGUUUUCAACCCAAAGACGCAGGGACGUGUCAGGAGUAUACAUCGAGAUAUUACUACAAUUCUGAGACUGGUAUCUGCGAGGAAUUCAACUAUGGCGGCUGUAAAGGCAACAAGAACAAUUUCCUUACAGAGAAAUCAUGUCAACUAAUCUGUAUCGAGGGCUCCAUCAAUCGACCGGUUGAGUGUAAAUUGCCCUUGGCGCUAGGUAAUUGCCCUCUAUCGUUGGUGAGAUAUUAUUUCAACCUCACCAGUGAGAAAUGCGAACAGUUUAUCUACACAGGCUGUAAUGGCAACUUGAACAAUUUUUUCAGUUUGGAAAAAUGCAAAAGCCAAUGUCUGAAUGUGAGGCCGUCAAAUCUGAACGAGGCGAUGUGUUCUUCGAAUCCGGACCCUGGACCAUGCAUGGCUGAAAUUGAAAGAUUUUACUACAGUUCAAAGACAGGAAAAUGCUAUCCGUUCACUUAUGGCGGCUGUGGUGGAAAUACCAACAAUUACAAUAGCAAAGAAUCAUGCCUAAGGUAA